AUGGCGGCUGUGCGACAUGCAACCCUGGAAAACGACUCGACUAUGCCAUCGAGUACUGUUGCCAAAAUAAUUAAAGAAAUCUCCGUCGGUGUCCCUCCGCCGCGCCCGCGCCGCUCUAAAAUCGUCGCUCUUUGCCCGGGAGUCGCUACUCGGGGCGCGGCGGGAAAACAGCUCCCGCGUCACUCUUAUUUCUUCUUUCCUUCCCGAAGCUGUCGAAAAAAUUAUUCAAACUGA